AUAAUAUGCAAUAUCAAGGAGGAUCAUGGUACCUACCAUGGGGAAUACCAAUACAGAAAAUGAUUCCGAUGGCAUAUGGAGGACAACCAGGCUCGGCACCUAUGGAUCCGUAUUUGGCCGCCAACAACAACAAUACGCAUUUAACCUGUAAUGUACUAACGAAUCCAAAUCAAGGUAAUGUGAACACCAAUACGGUCAGUCCCAUACAAGUUCCGGCCCCCGCUGGGACGGCUAAUUAUCACCAACACGCAACAUUUAAUCCCCAUACCGUUGGGAAGUUACCAUGUACCAGUGCCGUUGAUAGUUUGCAUGGGAAUAAUCCAGCGUCAGCAAAUGUUCAGCGUCCCGGAACCACAUUAGCUUCGACAAUUCUGAAUGGUCAUCCACGAGCCAUACUACCAAAUGCACAAUUACCAAGUACCCAUGCACCGCACCAAAAUAUGUUAAUGUCAUCGACGAUGUUUGCCCCCUUAACACUGCCUCAAUACAUAACAUCGCCCACAGCUGCUGUUGCAGCCGCGACAGCUUUAAACAAUUCCAUGGCAGGAUUGCCAAGCAACCGACAAAGCCUUCCCGAUUGUACCCGAUUAAUUUCGCAACAACAGCAAUCGACUCAGAAUGCAACAUCUACCUCUCCACUAGCAUGCAUAUCAUCUUCCGCAUCUCCAAACUCUGCAGUUCCAACGUCGGUUAGCCUUAACGUUGACGUUGUCGCAAUGCGUCAUCACGUAAACAAUGUAAAUGUGACCAACAAUCUUCCAAUCUCUCUAACAAAGAUAUUGUCAAACUUUGAGGACUACAAUGAAAAGAAGAAACCACAAGUUCCGGAAAAACGAAAAGUCGAAGACAAUGAACAAUUAAAGGAUCUUAAAAAGGCUAAACUGGAAACUAAGGCGUUGAAAGCGAAAAGACCUGGGUUUACUGAUGAAAGAUAUCACGAAACAUCAUAUUACAUUGAGAACGGUUUACGCAAAGUGUAUCCCUAUUAUUUUACAUUUACAACAUUUACUAAGGGACGUUGGGUUGGAGAAAAAAUUUUAGAUGUAUUUUCUCGUGAAUUUAGAGCUCAUCCUGCAGAAGAGUAUGAACGCUGUAUUAAAUCGGGCACUUUAACUGUUAACUAUGAGAAAGUACCAAUUGAUUACAAACUAAAACACAAUGAUUUAUUGGCAAAUAUAGUACAUAGACACGAAGUGCCAGUUACCAGCGAACCUAUUACUAUUGUUCAUAUGGACGAUGACAUUGUCGUUGUAAAUAAACCUGCAUCCAUACCCGUACAUCCGUGUGGAAGGUACCGCCACAACACUGUUGUAUUUAUCUUAGCCAAGGAAUACAAUCUUAAAAAUUUAAGAACCAUUCACCGCCUUGAUCGUUUAACGUCGGGUCUUCUUUUAUUCGGUAGAAGCCCAAAAAAAGCACGCCAAUUAGAACACCAAAUUCGUAAUAGACAAGUACAAAAGGAAUAUGUCUGUCGAGUAGAGGGUAACUUUCCAGAAGGUGUGAUUGAAUGUAACGAGCCCAUUGAAGUAGUUAGCUAUAAAAUUGGAGUCUGCAAAGUGUCACCCAAAGGAAAAGAAUGCAAAACCACAUUUCAAAAAUUAUCGUAUGACGGCAAAACGAGUGUAGUUUUAUGUAAACCUUUAACGGGAAGAAUGCAUCAGAUUCGAGUCCAUUUGCAGUACCUAGGGUAUCCAGUUGCCAACGAUCCUUUAUACAAUCAUGAAGUAUUUGGUCCACUUAAGGGUCGUGGUGGUGAUAUUGGUGGCAAAACUGACGAGGAAUUAGUUCGUGAUUUAAUUAAUAUUCAUAAUGCAGAAAAUUGGCUUGGAAUUGAUGGCGAUUCUGAAAUGCCUUUCUUUAAGCCACAUAAAAAUGACUGUGAAACUGACCAUUUACCCAUAGGUGGCAACCAUCCAUUGAUUGAGGACGACAACGAUGCUGUCUCUCGAGAAACAUCUCCAGUAUACUCGAAUAGUCCCACCAUUGUAGACUUGAGUCCAGAAAACGCAACUAUCGGCUGUAACACAGUAGACAGUUUAUCAAAUAAAUUAGGAGAUACGUCAAAAACUGAUGACACAAUCGAAAAUGAAGCCGAUUCGUCAAAUAUUCAUGUUAAGGUCACUGUUGCAACACAAACUGAUCAUGAAUCACCCGAUACUUCAUUCAAUCCCGAGAAAAUGACUUUGGAUAAGCAUUGUUAUGAAUGUAAAGUACGCUACAGAGAUCCUAAACCAAAGGACUUGAUAAUGUACUUGCACGCAUGGAAAUACAAGGGACCAGGAUGGGAGUAUGAAACUAAAUUACCCGCAUGGGGAGCCCCGGACUGGAAGGAGACAAUCUAG